UCUUUAUUUAGUCAACAUAUUGGAAAAAGUCAAGGGAGAGAUAGAAAGAUGGCGGCGAGGGUGGCGAUGAUGAGCUUAGUAGGGUGGAUGAUGGUGGUGAUAAUGUUGGGAUGCAGCCUCAAAGCAAUAGAAGCAACAAAUGAUGAAACAGAGAAAUUUCAUGUGAGUGGCUUAGUUAAAUGCCAAGAUUGUUCCGGAGAUUGGAAUGCAUGGGUUGAAGGUGGAAAACCUAUUAAAGGUGCUAGAGUAUCAAUAACAUGUUUAGAUGAGGGCAAGGGACUAGCAUUCUACAACAGCGACGCGACAGAUGAUGAUGGUGAGUUCAACAUGGUGGUAGACAAGGUGAAACAUCGCAAGAAUUUGAACCCAAAAGAUUGUAUAGUGAGAUUAGUAUCAUGCCCAGAUAAAUCAUGCAAUAUACCAACAGAUUUUGGACAAGGAAAUACAGGAGUUAAACUAAGGCAGCCUUCGGUUAUGUUUAGGGGUAUGACCAAAUAUGUUGUUGGUCCUUUUUUUUAUACCACACCUACUUGUGAUGUUAAUCCUGAUGAUGAUACUAAUUCCUACCAAGUCUCAAAAUGAGUAUCUUGUGUAAUUACAUAUUAACUUUUUUUUUGUUUGAUUUGUUGUAAAUUGAAAACAAAUCCUAAUGGCUUGUUGUUUUGUUAAGAACAUUUAGUGUUUUCUUUCAAAAAAAAAAAAAGAAUAUUUAGUGUUUAAUUUGUGAAUUAUAAUGAUCGAGUUGGUCAUAUGUGG